AUGGAUUGGCACGAUCCGGACUGUCGAAGAAUUGACCCGAUUCCGUUCGAUGACAAACUCUGGACUUGCCAAGCUUGCGGUACAAUUGGCCCUCUUGAGUUCUCUAUCGAUGAACCUGCCGAGGCAGUUGCUUCUUCUGCAUACCAUGAAGAACCACACCCUAAAGAGGAGGUCAAACCCUUGUCAUGGCCGUCGUGCGUCGAUUAUAUGACAGACGCACCUAGCGAGGACAUUGGAAGAGUUUUACGGCGAAUCCAGGCCAGCCAGGGCAUGGUCUGUUCAGGUAUCACCCACCAAGCAGCCACAGUGAGCGAUGCUUACGGGCGAGAAAUCCAACAAGUCGAAUAUCCCGAAUUGACUCAACCUUCGCAUAUUAGGAUCUUGGAACUUCUGCCCGCACCCCGGGAAAAGGCACUUGAAGGCCGAUUAUUGGUAGUCGAUGUGGACAAGCCACCUGCUUAUGAAGCCCUUUCAUACACUUGGGCUGACGCCAGCAACGAUUCUUCUUUAUGCCAGCGAAUAUUCAUCGGUCAUGGCAACAGAGCUUUGCCAAUCACAUCAAGUUGUCACCAGGGCCUUCGUCAUCUGCGCAAAGAGCUUGAAUCUGUCUUCAUCUGGGUCGACUCGGUUUGCAUCAACCAGUCUGAUCUCGAGGAGAGAUCAUAUCAAGUUGCCAUGAUGGAUGAUGUGUUUUCCAGAGCAAACGUUGUUCAUGCCUACGUCGGAGAGGAUGAAUAUGGUAACUCUCGGAAAGGAACCAAGGUUGUUCCCCUUCUCCAAAGCAUUGCUGAACCAGCCAGGCCACCGGGGAGGGAGUUUAAAAACCACGCAUUGGCAAUCCUAGACCCUUUCUUCCAACGGCCAUUCUUUUCCCGAUUAUGGGUUGUACAAGAAGUCUUGCUCGCUCGCUCUGUCAUUUUGCAUUGCGGUGACAAUUCGGUGCCCAUCACGCAGGAGAUGGUGGUUAAAGCUCAGACACACCGUGUCGAGAUUCCCUGGUGGAUGAAUCAUAUCGGCAGGAUAGGGCCAUAUGUGAAAAGCGAGCUUGUCCAGGUUCUUGCAGCGACUGCGCUAUGCCAGAUGAGCGACUUGAGAGACAAAAUCUUUGGCCUACUUGGACUAGUCGAUGUCGAAGAUGCAUCCAUUCUGGCAGCCGACUACAAUCUCAUGGUCCGUGAAGUAUACAUCGGGACUGCCGCAUAUCUUAUUCAGAAGAGAGGACGACAUGAGAUACUGGAGCUCUCAGAAUCCUUAACCAAUAUAGAGCAACGCAACACUUAUGGUAUUCCUAGCUGGGUUCCUAUGUGGGACUUGCAGCAGAGACCAUACGUGGCAGCUGAUAUAUCACAAAGACUAGGCGACAUACAAACUGUUAUGAACGAAGCUUCGGCGAGAAUUCCUGCCCUGUCUCUACCUACCUGGCCCUCAUCACAACCUAUCUGGAAUCGCUCGGCAAAGUCCAUUCGGAAAAACAUCCCACUUUCAACCUGUGAGGCCGAAACAGACUUAGCGUUAGAGGAAUGCUACAAAGCCGUUGAUGCAGAAACAGGUUGCCUCGUAACGUCAGGAUACGAGGUUGCAGAGCUGAAACGCUCUGACUUCAUCAAACUAUUGAAGACUGCCACAUUUGAUGAGGUUCACAGAGAAGUCCACUACAAAGCGAUUCGACAGGGGGAGGUAAUUCUUACUGUUAGUGGUCCAGUAUCGACAUUACGAAGCACUCCGCAGCGUGUUCUCGGCCCGAGUGAUUAUCUGGCGUUGGUAAGAAUAUUAGGCUGCAAAACAUUCUUCGUAUGCGACAAAUACAUCCGAGAUAACAACGUCAUUACAUAUAAGCUUGUCUACCCAUGCGCGGCCGCCAUUAUAUACUGGAUAGGGAAACAACACAUAUACAGUAAACACACCGAUUUCGAUAUAGCGUGUAUCCUAGAAGCGACAUACUCCUUGACUCUGGAAAUUAUUACGUUUCUUUACCAGUGGAGAUAUCUGAUGCUGCCAAGGGAAGAAGGACUAGCCGCAUGCAACUCGGCCGAUUCAUUCCUGGCUAAAGAGCGUGAGAACGCCACGAAUCUUUAUGUCAGAUACGCAGUCGUGGUUGAGAUUGAGUCACCGUCUGCUUCAGAAGAUGAAAUCGCUGCAUGGAGACUUCAACUUGAGGAAGAUCCAAAUUGGACCAGCAGACACGAGUCGUCGCUGGUGGAUAACUUCUUCACAGAGCUUUUGGAUCUUCAAACCUUCUGGGACGCGGGAAGAUUCGAAAAGUUGGCCAAUCUGGACUUGAAAACUGCUCAAGACGACUUGAACUAUUGCAACGGCGUUCUGGACACUUUUGCAACCACUGACCGUUCUGACAAGCAAUCACACAGGCGAAAGGAAAAGCCGGGCAAAGUUGAAGCUGAGUUAAGUAGCUGGAAAGCAGCAUGGGGGCUCCUUUACAAACGGUUCAACGGCUUGAUUUCUGUUGCUCUUAAAGAAGAGGCAAACAUGUUUCCCCAAACAGUCGACGACAUCUUUGAGCUACCGGAGUCAUGGCUGGGGGCUUAUAAGAACAAGCAGGAGCUUGUGAGGUUACUUGAAGAUAGGUGGAUGCGUUGCACAAGAUUACUGUCGUUUGUGAUUGAGUCUGCUCAAUGCUUUGAAGAGGCAAAGCAGGUGAUGGAGGGAAGACGAGAGAUAUUGGGUAUGUUUGGGGUUGGAAGAGAAGAUGAGAGAAUUGUAAUCGAGUGA